UGCAGCGUUUUCUUCCCUCACAAAGACACCAAGCUCCAAGUUGCAACAGAUUUUUGGGGAACUCAAAACAAAGGGCUGUUACAAUCUCAAUAACAGAACUUAAUCUGAAACUGAAAUGUUUCCCACAUCUGUUAAUACAUCCAUCCAGCACUUUAAGUUUUGUUGUUGCCAGGAUUAUGCAAAAGCUGGGGAGUGACACAAGGAAGAAUGAACUCAACAACUUUUGGUGCAAAGUGGACAGAGCCAGGAGUUUUCUUUUCACUUUGCAUGACAGUGGGUUUUCAACAUUCUCAUUGAUUUCUCCGAGAAUAAUUCAUGGAUCUCAAAAAGACUAGGCAUGACUAAUAUUUAUGAGUGUUUUCAAUUUUGUGCAGAUCCAAAUAAAAAAAAAAAUCUAGUGGUAUCAAUUGGGGACUGUUGGGCCUUGGCAGAAGUAUGAACACUAUUCAGUGCCAUUUUAGUAUUUAAUCGUAUCUAUUGUACAUGCAUUUUGUUUAUAUAUUAUCCUCAUUUAUAUAAUAAAUCAUAAUGAAUAUUAUCUUGUGAUUAAUUAAGACUCAUGAGAUGCAAUUAUCGAUAUGCCAGAUAACAAUAUUUAUUUAUAUUGGACUUGAGGCUAAGAAAAGAUAAAAUGCACUUUUUGUACAAUGUGCUACUUUAAAGAGUGACGCCAUAUUGCAGAGAAUAUAAACACAACUGCUGAACUUUACCUUUUCAGGGGCAUUUUGUAUUCUUCAUCACUUACACCGAUGCAAAUUGCCUUGCCAUAUAUUGAUUAUCGGUAAAAUCGCUGUAUCAUGAUGUUAUUGUUAUCGUGAGCCACAGCACAUCUUUAGUUACCCUGUGAUUCCCACCCCUAAUUCUUAUUAGAAUUUUGUUUUACAUGUAUAUAGAUAUUUCCACUUUUUAAAUAAAGUUUUGAUUUUCUUACUCACUAAUUGAUUGUUUUUCUUAUGAAGAAAUACACAGUAGGCACUUGUUUUAAAUCUUUGGGUGUUUUCGUUUCCAAGCAUGACGGAGGGGAAAGUAGGACACAGUGGACAUUUCACUGGACACGGUGAGGUGGCUUCCUGCCGGGGGUAGGACGCCUCUGCGGAUGGACUCGGUGUCAGAGGCGGAGAAGCAGGGCGCCUGAGCGGGCUCCCUGCGGCUGGAGUCCGCUGCGUUUCCCCCCAUCGAGCAUCAAGCAUGAGCCAAACCAGAGGGACGUCAAAGCGAGCGGACAAAGUUACACCGGUGAGUGUCUCCUUUUUCUUUUUCAACUCCGAACGCUCAGCGCGGGCACAGGCGCUUAAACACGAAACUUUACGCACACGUGCAUGUGCGGUUUUGAGAAGUGUCUCGGUGUCCCCGGCUCUGGUGCCUUUCCCCCCAGACAGCCCGAUUGGACGCGGUUGGCUGUCUGUGGGGUUCUGUGCGUUCCUCCGCUUAUUUGUAACCCAGCAACUGUCCCGCUGAAUGCCCAGGAGAACAAAUCCCAUUAAUGACACCAGUAUUGAAUCCGUGGAGAACUGGGCUCGGGACCCCGCGGAGGCAGAGUCGCCGCGCGGAGCUCUACCGGCAGGACAAGUGUUUGAUUCCGCCGGGAUUCGAGCGGAUUCUGUAACAAAACUCAAAGUUGUGACCGGAAGCACCAGUUGAGCUGCUGUGUCACCGGCUCCUCUCUCUCUCUCUUCAGGUAUGGAUUUGGACACGCGCAGCUCUCCUCUGCGCAGGCGCACCGACGCGUCUCCUCCUUCUACCUGAGGGCAGCGCACCUUGAGCCAACGAGACGGAAGUUUCGUGAGGAGCAAGAAAACAGCAAAUCCCGGUUCCUCGCGUGUGACUGGCUCCACGGGAAAGUUCGCUAUAGGAGUUCAACAAGGAUCUGACAAGAGGAUCUCCGGUCCGAGCAGGAUGCGGUGAGCCGGAUCCCACGGGAACAACUGAAAGGUCUUUCCCAACCUUAACUCUCUGCACUCCUCCUGCGCCUCAUGCUGCAGUCCAAAGGCAGCCUGGUCUCCACUGAAGAAGAAUGACAGCUCUCCGCAGAGUUCUCCGCAGGAGGUUGCACCCCCUCAAACUGGUGGCGGUGGCCCUCGUCUUUGUCACGUUUGUGUUCCUCAUACAAUGGGAAGUGGGGAGCCAGAACCAACAGGAGGAGCCCUGGCUGAGGGAGAUCGCGGUGAAGCGGGAUGCCAUGCUGGGCAUGGUGAUGGGGGCUGUCAAUAACUUCAGGGAUGCCAUCCCAAAGAUGCAGAUCCGAGCCCCGGUGCGUCAGCAGGACAGAGCAGACGACACGUCCUGUCUGCCGGGUCGCUACACUGCGGCCGAGCUCAGGCCGGCCCUGGAGCGGCCUCCUCAGAACCCCCUCUCCCCCGGAGCUGCCGGGAAACCUUUCCACACAGACUCGCUGAGCCCCGAGGAGCAGAAGGAGAAGGAGAGGGGUGAGGAGAAACACUGCUUCAACCUGUACGCCAGUGACCGCAUCUCGUUGGGCAGAGACCUGGGAGCAGACACCAGACCACCUGAAUGCAUUGAGCAGACCUUCAAGCGCUGCCCCCCCCUGCCAACCACCAGUGUGAUAAUCGUGUUUCACAAUGAGGCCUGGAGCACUCUGUUGAGGACAGUGUACAGUGUCCUGCACACCUCGCCGGCCAUUCUCCUCAAGGAGAUCAUCCUUGUGGACGACGCCAGCGUGGACGAUGCGUUGAAGGACGAGCUGGACGAGUAUCUGAAGCGGCUGAGCAUUGUGAAAGUUGUGCGACAGCGAGAGAGGAAAGGUCUCAUCACCGCUCGGCUGCUGGGUGCCGCCGUGGCCACGGGUGACACGCUCACCUUCCUGGACGCCCACUGUGAAUGCUUUAACGGGUGGCUGGAGCCGCUGCUGGCAAGGAUAGCAGAGAACUCCACCGCAGUGGUCAGUCCCGAUAUCACGACCAUCGACCUCAACACCUUUGAGUUCAUGAAGCCGUCGCCAUACGGCCAGAACCACAACCGGGGAAACUUUGACUGGGGCCUGGCGUUUGGUUGGGAGAGUCUUCCAGAUCAUGAGAAGAAGAGGAGGAAGGAUGAAACAUACCCCAUCAAGACUCCCACGUUCGCUGGCGGGCUCUUCUCCAUCUCCAAACAAUAUUUCUACGAUAUCGGAAGCUAUGAUGAAGAAAUGGAAAUCUGGGGCGGGGAGAAUAUUGAAAUGUCAUUUAGGGUGUGGCAGUGCGGCGGACAGCUGGAGAUCCUGCCUUGCUCCAUCGUGGGUCACGUGUUCCGCACCAAGAGCCCCCACACCUUCCCCAAGGGCACGCAGGUCAUUGCUCGCAACCAGGUCCGUCUGGCCGAGGUGUGGAUGGACGACUACAAGGAGAUCUUCUACCGUCGCAACCAGCAAGCCGCGCAGAUAGCGAGAGAUAAGACAUUUGGAGACACCUCCAAACGUGUGGACCUCCGGGCGCGGCUGCAGUGCAACAGCUUCUCCUGGUAUUUGAAGAACGUUUAUCCGGAGGUCUUCUUGCCUGAUCUCAACCCAAUUCGCUUUGGCUCUGUGAAAAGUGUGGGCAAAGACUCAUGUCUGGAUGCUGGCGAGAACAAUGAGGGGGGGAAAGAGCUGAUCAUGUACCCAUGUCAUGGACAAGGAGGGAACCAGUAUUUUGAAUACUCCACACAUCAGGAGAUUAGACACAACAUUCAGAAGGAGCUGUGUUUGCACGGGGCCAGCGGGGCAUUGAAGCUGGAGGACUGCCAGUAUAAAGGCAGGAACACACUUGUAGGACUGGAGCAAAAAUGGGUACUGAAGGAUAACCAGUUAUUCUUCAUCCCGGGACUGAACCUGUGUCUGAGUGCCCGUCAUGAGCAUCCUUCUCUCACCCAGUGCAACCCCUCAGACAGAUACCAGCUCUGGUCCUUUGUCUAAGUGUGCGAACUGCCAUUUUACAAGUAGCUACUCCAUAUGCAUAAGGCAAACAGAAUACUAAACUAUGCAGUUAUAAUGCAAGUUUUUUUUUUUUAGAUCAAUGACAUUGAGUUUUUAAUUUAUUUUUAUACAUCGAAGAACUGAACUGCUGCUGCUGGAGAGUUUGAACUUUGGGAGAAAUCCAGUGUUUCUCUGCUGGAAGGAAAAGCAUUGAAAUGAUAUAAGCCCCAGACAGACUGUGAACUGACAUUCAUAGAGCAAUGAAGAUUGUGUUUGAGAUGCUUUCACUUCUCCGAGUCUUCUCAGCCGUGCAGUAUUAGGUAGGUAAGACAACACUGAAUAUUUUCUUCAUGUUCAUAAUUUUCUUCAUGAACAUGAAACUGACACAAGACGCACAGCAGGUCGUGAACAUUGUAAACCCGAAUGGCUCGGUAGAGCACAUACCUCCACCAAGGCCCCCACAAUUAAUUCCACUAGAAGUAGAUUUUUUUUUAAUUUGGAUCUGUACCAAAUUGCACACACUCAUAAAUAUCAGUCCCCUAAACGUAUCAAGAUUUUUGACAGAUGUUUGACAAAAAUCUUUUAAAACAUCCUAUCGCACUAAAGAAGAUUGGGGGGG